ACAAGUUGCAGUUUCUUUUUGUAGCAACAUCUCGAUCGAGAAGACUGAUUCAGCCUGCCGGCUUCCAUGUCUUUCAAAUCUCACUCUCUCUUGCCUUCAUUGAGAACUCAGCCCAUAUGGCACCAUCCACUUCACUUGAACCCGUUCGUUCCUUCUACACUUUCUCUCUGUCACUUCCCUCCAAGACCAAUCCAUUAAAAAUAACUUCCAACUGUCCACCACCACCUCUUCCUCUUCCUCUUCCCCUCCAGCUUUAUCAUCUCCUCGCCAACCUAACCAUGCAGCCUCACUCCCUCCCCUCUUGCCCAUGGAAUGGAGCAGCACCCUCUCCUGGCUGAUGUCUCUCCUCCUCCUCCUGAUCUGCUCCGGCAACUCCGAGGAGUACGCCGUCAGGCUCUCGCUCGUCGGUUUCCUUCAGGUGCUCUCGGGCAACGACACCGGGAUCAUCGAAAAGUUGGGUUGGAGUGCCGCGACUGAUCCAUGCACCGAUGGCUGGAAUGGCGUGACGUGCAACAACAGGACGAGUUCUGUGUACAAGAUCAAGCUCGAGGAGGUGGGACUUCGUGGAACAAUCGACGCCGGCCGGCUCUGUCAGGCGCCAUCGCUGGCUGCGGUGAGUCUCCUCCACAAUGCCAUUCGGGGAGAAAUCCCCCCGGAGAUCUCCGACUGUGGCCGGCUGACGCACCUGUACCUCGGAGGCAAUAGUCUCGCUGGAAGCCUGCCUCCCUCUCUCACCCUCUUGGGAAACCUCAAGGUGCUCGACGUCUCCGACAACGACUUCUCCGGUGAGCUGCCGGACCUGGCAAAGAUCUCCGGCCUGGUCGGCUUCCUGGCGCAGAAUAACCGCCUCCAUGGAACCAUUCCUAGUUUCCGGUUCGGAAACUUCGAUCGCCGACGCUUCAAUGUCUCCAAUAACCUGUUCGCCGGUCCCAUUCCGCCGGGCGGUGAUCGGUUGGACCAAACCAGCUUCAUCGGCAACCCCGGUUUGUGCGGGAAGCCACUUCCUGUUGCAUGUCCACCUUCGCCAUCAAAGGAGGAUCACAAAUCACUGAAGCUGUCACGCGAGAAGGCCAUCAUGUUCUCGGGCUACAUCGCUCUCGGUCUUGUCCUGUUCCUCUUCGUCACGUACAAGUUGAUCCACGGGAAGAAGACGACUAAGCACAGGAAGAUUUCUGACGAGAAGAUUGCGUCCGAUGGCAGCAGCGGAAAGAGCUCGAUCCCGUGGUCUUCAACGGAAGCUUCCGCCACGGCGACAUCCUCGUUGAUCGUUCUGAAGAGACCGGGGACGAUGACAGACUUGAAGUUUGACGACUUGUUGAAGGCUCCGGCGGAGUCGCUAGGGAGAGGAAGGAAUGGAAGCCUGUACAAAGUGACGAUGGCCGAUGGCACUUGUUUGGCCGUGAAGAGGAUCAGGGACUGCGGCACUUCAGCGGCGGAGUUUCGGAGGAGGAUGGAGAGGAUGGACAUGGCUAGACACCCGAACGUGCUCCCCGCGGUGGCGUUUCAUUGCUCGACGCAGGAGAAACUCGUGGUGUACGAGUACCAGCGGAAUGGAAGCCUCUUGAGUCUCCUCCAAGGCGGGCAAUUGGAUUGUGUUGCUUUUGACUGGAGUUACAGGCUGAGGGUGGCCGCCGGAGUAGCUGAGGGCUUGGCCGCCAUGCACAGGGAGCUUCUUGUAGAGGGCAUCGGCCACGGGAACCUCAAAUCCUCCAACAUCUUGUUGACCAACGUCAUGGACCCAUGCAUCAGCGAGUACGGCCUGGUAGCAGACAGCCGCAGUGUCGAGAAGGCCGGUGGCGGAUCCGCCGUCGCCGCUGCCGACGUGCAUGCCUUCGGGAUCAUCCUCCUGGAGCUGCUGACGGGGAAGCCGGUCCGGAAUGAGCCAUCGGAGCUAGCGAGGUGGGUGAACUCCGUGGUCAGGGAAGAGUGGACGGUGGAGGUGUUCGACGAGGUGCUCGUCUCGGGUGGAGCCAGCGAGGGAGGAAUGGUGCAGUUGCUGCAGGUUGCGCUCAGGUGCGUUCAUCCCUCCCCUGCUGCUCGGCCGAGCAUGGAUCACGUGGCAGCAAUGGUUAACACCGUCCGAGAGGAGGAAGAUGAGAGGUCUGAGGUCUCUGAGCCUUAAAAGGCCAAGACAAGCACGUAGAAACCUUUCACAUAUUUAAUUAAGCCUCAUUGCAUGCAUGCGAUUGUAACUGUGCAGAUCUUGGGAAGCUAUUCCAUGACUUUGCUUCUUGAAAGAUUUGGAUUGGGAUUGUUUCUUUGGUUCACUUAUAUUAAGGAUGA